AUCACGUGAACAGGGAUGUUUACGUUUGCUUGUGUUUCUGUGAAGCCGGUGGUGUGAGAGCUGGGCACAUGUACUGACGGACCCAGCGGUGUCUAAAAGCGAAUGGCCGGCUUUCGGUCAGUGCAGAAGAGUAAAGAGACACUACACGGUGGGACAUGGGGAAAAGCGGCGCAAACUACAGCGCGCAGACGCGGAGCGAGUAUGAGCCCAUCGGAGAGGAGUGCAGACCGCUUUUAAUCCAGGAUGUUCAGGUUAGAGGUGCAUCCUUCAUGUCUUCUGCCUUUAAUCUGAUGAAUGCUAUCAUGGGUAGUGGCAUCCUGGGUCUCUCGUAUGCCAUGGCCAAUACGGGCAUUAUAGGAUUCAGUAUUCUGUUGCUCGUGGUCUCCAGUUUGGCUGUUUAUUCUAUCCAUCUCCUGCUGCUCCUCUGUGACAAGACAGGCAUCAACUCUUAUGAAGCGCUUGGAGAGAAAGCCUUCAACAGACCUGGCAAGAUUCUGGUGGCCUGUACUAUUCUCAUUCAGAACAUUGGCGCCAUGUCCAGCUACUUGUUCAUCUUGAAGUCUGAAAUGCCUGCAGCCAUCACCGGCUUCAUGAGCACAGAGAGUUCUGGAAAGUGGUUUGAGAAUGGCGUUAUCCUACUGAUUUUAGUCACUGUAAUUGUAGUGUUGCCAUUGGCUCUACUUCCAAAGAUUGGUUUCCUGGGAUACACCAGCAGUCUUGCAUUCAUCUUCAUGUUGUUCUUUACCGUGGUGGUGGUAGUGAAAAAAUGGUCCAUUCCCUGUCCACUACCAUUGAACUCCACUAUGAGCCUGAGCUUAAAUACCUCCGAGUGCACCCCACAACUGUUUGCGAUCUCUAGUAAGAGUGCUUAUGCUGUCCCAACAAUGGCUUUCUCCUUCCUGUGCCAUACGGCGGUUUUACCCAUUUACUGCGAGUUACACAGACCCACAAAACGGAGAAUGCAGAAUGUGACAAAUGUCAGCAUCUCUCUUAGUUUCGUGGUGUAUCUGAUCUCUGCUCUUUUUGGAUACCUCACCUUCUAUACACAUGUGGAAUCAGAGCUGUUGCUAGGAUACGACACCUAUCUACCUCGUGAUGUUUUGGUGAUGUCAGUGCGUCUCGCGAUUCUAUUGGCCGUUCUUCUCACUGUGCCGCUCAUUCACUUCCCAGCACGUAAAGCGUUGUUGAUGUUAUGCAAGAGAGAGAGUGAGUUCUCCUGGCGCUCUCAUUCACUGUCCUGUAUUUUCAUCCUCACUCUUGUGCUGCUGCUUGCUAUUUUCGUCCCUGACAUCAGGAAUGUCUUUGGUGUGGUCGGCUCUACGACCUCCACAUGUUUGCUGUUUGUGUAUCCGGGAAUGUUUUAUUUGAGAAUCAGCUCUGAGCCAAUCAGAUCUCUCAAUUCAGCAGGGGCAGUGUUUCUGUUGGUCAUUGGCCUGGUUGUGGGAGUGCUGAGCCUGUGUGUCAUCAUUGUCUCCUGGGUUCAAGGUCCUUGACCUUUAACUUGAUCAUUGUGGGACACGCUGCAUUGCAUGAGUCGUGAGCUCAACACCUCCUGCCUUGAAGAAGAACCUUAUUUUACAGGUUAUACACCAGUCAGACUCUGUUUACUGGACCAAAUGCUGCUUCAAGAAGGGAAUCCUUAAGAGAUGAGCCAACUGUGCUCUUAUGAUACUCCUAAUAUUCUCAUAAUCCUGUAAUGUCACUUGAAUACUGAACAGAGGCACAAUCAAACCCAAUAUCCAGCAAAGCAAUGAAAUGCAUAGUAAUCAAUUCUGAAUGUCUGAACGACUCCCGAGUUUGACAAUCUAUGAAUCAGACGGUUGCCCGUGAUCUGUGAAAAGACAGUUUGAAACCAAUGAAUGAAGCAGCUGCACAUUUUCCAAUAACUAAAUAUCUGCUUAAAUCUAAUAUCCACAUUCAAUGAAUUGGAAAAUUGUUCUGAUCGUGCCUGUCUGGAAAGAAAAAAAAACUGAUUUAUUCAGUCUUUAUAUGUAUUCGAUUUUUGAAGAUUUUUCAGACCUGUCAGGGUAUUUCUUCACCAACGCACUAUCCAAAGAUUUUUUGAGAUGAUUGAAGUUUAGAAAGUUUUUUUUUUUGUUGCCAUUUUAAA